AGCUGAUAGUCCACUCGAACUUGUUGCAUUUUCGCGCUCUCCGGCUUUCCAAGUUUGAAAAGUUUUAACUUUCGAAUUUUUUGCUGCACAGAAAAAAUAUCUGUAACAAGACUCCAAAAUGAUGAACAAGAGGAUCGCUGUUGCUAUCGCCGUGGUGUUGGCCGUGAUUUGCCUGGUGGAAGCUAGGGAGGAAGGUCCUCAUGACAUGGCAGACGCCCUCCGUAUGCUGCAGGAACUCGAUCGUCUGUACACUCAAGCUGCGAGACCAAGGAUUGACCGCCGCGAUGUUGCGGAGGGAGACCGCGUCGACCCAGACUUGUUAGAUCGCGCGAUGCGCCUGAUCCAGCUGCAGAAUCUAGACCGCAUUUACUCCUACCACACUCGACCAAGGUUCGGCAAACGUUCGGAUGCGUUCACAAACUGGGCCAAGGAUGUUGAAAAACCGGACUUACCAGCGUGGCUGUCGUACGCCAGGAGGAGAUGAGGGGUGCAACAGUACGGGAUCUAUCAUAAAAAUCACUAAUCAAUGUUCGUGAUCAACCAUUGUAUACAUUCUCGUGCCGAUCAGUUAAUUAAUUAAUAGAAUUUCUCUCAGUUCUUCUUAUACAUGGUAAUAUAAUAUUUAUAUAAAUUCGUGCAAUAGCUAAAGAGGUAGUAAACGCUCAUUAGAGAAUUCACCCACUUUUCAUCUUUUCUAACGAAACAAUGGAACAUUACCAAAUAAACAUCUCAAUAUAUGUAUAUUGCACAAAGCAGUAUAUUUAUGUAUUUAGCUCUAAUUUGUUGUAAUAUUAUAAUUAUCGGAUCAUUAGCAAAACAUUAUUGUGCUAAUUUUAAUCUUAUAGAUAGUAAGUUAUACAGUUGCAGUAUCAAAUUUGCAUGUUACAAAUUCGUAAUUCUUCCUUAUAUGUUAUGUUAAUUUUUUUAUAUAUAUAUUUGCCAAAUUUAUAUGACGAUAUUUGUGUAAGAUUCAAUAUUUUUUUACUCUCCAUUAAUUGAAAUGUGUCACUGUACUACAUUGUUUUGAGUACAAUUGUUUUUUUAUAAUGCUUUCCGUUAGUUUUCUUUUCUGUAACUCUGAAACAGUAUUUAAAGGAAAGUAAAAUGAUUGUAGAUAUAUCUGUGACAUCAUUGUAAUGUUAUGAAUACAAGCAAUUGAGAAAACGUAA